UUUUUUUUUUCCUGGAUAAAUAAAGAACUAAUAACCCCCAUGCCCUAGAAGACUUUCCCAUUUUAAAUUUUAGUGUUUUCUUUCUGAAUAGUCUGACAAAGAAGUACAACAUCAAUUUCCCAGUAAUCUCAGAAUUGGGGAGGGAAGAUUUCCAAUACAACCAAUAGAAAUUGCACAUUUUAAUAAAAAUUAAAAUGUGCACUGCUGCAUUAAUGUACAGAGCUAUAAGGUUACAUGUAGCGUCUGCUUUUUCUUUUUUGUCUGAAUAAUCAGUUACUCAUGUUUUCCUGCUGUAUUAGUGAACUGAAACUGAAGAGUAUUACUUUAUGUCACUUCCCAUUUGAGCUUCCUGGAUGCUUCAGAUUACAAAAAGAUUGUUUAUUUUCCUCAUGUUACUGUAGUGACUGUUAUUUGUUGUGGAAGAGAUUUGUUUUGUUUGCAACAAUAGUCAUUCCCAAAGUGCUAUUAGUCAAAAAUGUGGAAUAUUUCAGCAUGGUGUGCAGUCUGUCCUUUAAAAAAGCAACAACUUGAAACUUGAUAUAUGGCCUUUUAGUUGAUCUUCGCUAAACCUUCACCAGAAACAAUCACAGUGAAGGUUGGCUGUCAAGAAGCCAUUGUUAUGGAAGGGAAAUGGAGAAAAUGAUGAGGUACCAUAUUACACACAGCUGGACUGAAACGGUGGCGACAGGUCUCAUGGAAGUUAAUCUUUGGUUCCAAUCAUUGUAAGUAUAUACAGAGUUGAGAGAGGUGCAACAGUGAGUGUCAACAGCCGUCAUGGUUUGGGUCUGUAUUUCCACCAGUGGUGUUGGAGAUCUUGAUAAAAAUGUUUGGUUUUUGAGCAUGACAAUGAUCUCAAACAACCUGUCAAUUCAGGAAAAGCAUACCUGGAUAGAGGGAAAAACCACAAUCAAGGAUUAACCUCCCCAGUGCCUGGACCUCAGCUCACUGAAGCAGUGCAGGAUCAUCUUGAUAUGGAAAAAAGGGUCGCGGGGGGCACUGCAGCCUAUCCCAGCUGUCUUAGGGCUUAGGCUAACCUUAAAUUUAGUGAGGGUGUCUGUCUCCAGGAUGCAAACUGGGAUUUGGCUCCAUAGUAGAGGGUCUGCCUCAAAUUCUACUUCUAGAGGUCCUAGGAACCACAACCAAGCCUGCUGCGUGAGAGCAUAAAGUUUUCAAGCGAAAACCUCUGCAAGGAACGAAAAAGCAGAGAUAGUGGAUAGGAGCCACUAGGGAAAAGUAUCUGAGGAUCUCUCUCGACUCCAACGCUUUGAAACGGGGUCAGUUGCACACCCGAUUCUAGGCUCAUCCUCAAUUCUCAGAAUAGCCAUGGUCUUCCUGCUCAUCUCCUUAGUCGUGCUGCAUUUGCUCUCCUUGGCCAUGCUUGUCAUUGCCACCCUUGAGAAGACCUGGUGGGUUUGGACAGAAUCAGAAGUCUCCAACCUCUGGCAUUACUGCACGUAUGACAAUGCCACAGAAGCCUGGUUGUGUUCUGCUACCAAUGAAAGUGACUGGCUGCAGUCUGUCCAGGCCCUCAUGGUCCUCUCUGUGGUCUUCUCCUCAAUCUCCUUCCUGCUUUUUCUGGGUCAGCUGUUCACCAUGUCCAGAGGAAGGCUGUUCUACAUCACAGGCUUCUGUCAGGCCUUUGCAGGUUUCACAGACUUUGCCGCUUGCCUCAUCUCCACCUUCCACAGAAAGGAGAUUUUUGAUGACUCAAGAGUCUUGAACAAAGGACACUUUGGCUACUGUUUCAUCCUGGCGUGGCUGUGCGUCCCCUUGCUUCUCCUGAGUGGAGUCCUGUACAUCCACCUGCGCAAGAAGCAGUGAGCCAACAAGAAGCGGAAGCGAAGGCACCUUAUUCAGAGCCCAAUAACCUUAUCUGUCUCUCUCUCUCUUUCUCUUUCUGUCCCUCUGCUCCCCAGUUAAGAGUAAGCACACAUGAUGAGGAAAUAAGAUGACUCAGAAUGAAGUGCAUCUUUAAAUGCCACAGCUCAGUUUUCUUAUUCCUGCUUCCAGGGAAUUCAAAGUUACUACAGAAUAAUUGAGUGAUCGUGUUAAUAUGGAAGUAUUUUUUUUAACACGAGCAAAUACAUGUAUAAAUUGCUGUGUUUAAUGUUUAUAUAUAUUUUUUAUGCAAUGAGAAAAUGUACUCAUUAAAAGGAAAUGCACUCAGA